AUGCAAGAAGAGAAUGCGGUGCAACGCUAUGAUAUUUGCACUGCGGAAAAGGUCCAAGAUGACGCCCUCAAGAUCUGUGAUCUCAAUGGGAUGAACAUUUUCAAACGUCCAAGGACUGCUUCUGGGAGCCAUGAGUCACGACUUAUUGAAGCAGCACUCAGCGUGGACUCGUCACAGAUCAUGGCCAACAUGUAA